GGGUCAAGGAAAAUCGGCAGGCUGGCGCCCGCCCGAGCCCAUCAACUGCACAUACGAUCAAGCCGAGCGAGAGGCUGGUCAAGCACGGACGAAUGGCUGGGAAUUGAGACACUCAGAGCUUGGCCGGAGUGGAGACGAGAAGUGAGACCGGCUGGGGAGCAACGAAGCUCGAUUCGCCAAUGGCGGGACAACACGAUGAGCACGGCGCACAGCUGCAGCAAGCCGUGCUGGGCGAAGAGCAAGCUGGAUGGUCGAUGGGGGAAGCUCCAGGCGAGUCAGCUCCACGCAUCGGGAUUAAUCGAGAGGAAGAAGAGGAGGUGGCAAAAAAGAGAAGAGAGAGAGAUGAAUUGACUCUCUAACCUUCAUGGUUUCUCAGGGAACCGGCACCGAAGAGAUGGGGUUUGCGGUUU